GCGGCGCGCAGGCAGCGCGCAGGGGGCGCGCAGGGAGCGCGCAGGCAGCGCGGGCAGCGCUGCCGGCCCCGCGCCCGGCCCCGCCGGCCGCCCCGCGCCGCCGAUGCUGUCGGUGCCGGUGCCGGUGGCGGGCGCGGGGGCGGCGCGGGGCGCGGGCUCCCUGCCCCGCCGGCGCACCAUGUGCAGCGGCGUCGGCUGCUUCUGGGCGCUGCUCUCCGCCGGCCUCCUGGCCGCCUGCGCCUCCGCUUUCCUCUCCCCGGCCUGGCUCCUGCCUCCCGGCCGCGCCGCCACCGGCUUCGGCUUGCUCUGGCGCUGCUCCGGGCCGCCCCGCGGCUGCCACGGCUCCGCCGGCCCCGGCGGCUUCGGAGACAUCCCCUCCGGUUCCUGGCAGACGAGCGCCGUGUUGUGCGCGGGUGGCUGUGCCCUGCUGGCCCUCAGCUCGCUGCUGGCCAUCGUCGCUGUCCUGCUGCCCGGCGGAGCCUGCGAGAGGCGAGUCUGCACCCUGGCCGGCUACAUGCAGACAGCAGCAGUGUUCAUAAUGGCUUCUGGGCUUUUGGUUUACCCUUUUGGUUUCAACUCUGCUACUGUGAAGAGAUUCUGUGAGAAUUCAGACAUCUACUAUGCAGGAGACUGCCAGAUUGGAUGGGGGUAUAUGCUGGCAAUUGUUGGGGUCAUGUUGUCUGUCUUUUUACCAUUCUUUGCAAAAUAUGCACCAAAAGAGCACAUAUCUCCAACUCCAAUACCUACUAUUUUAUAGUAUUUUAUUACUCUUUAAAAACAGAACAUUCCUGUCUACAGGUAAUGGGCAGAAAUUAUUAUAGCACUUCCAUUUAGCUGUACUGCUAAAGAGAGGAAAAAGGAGACGGGGAAGAGAAGGUCAGAUUCACAAAGACCAGAAGUGCAUUGAUAGUCUUCCGUAAGUACGAGCAGCAAACGCUCUGGAAUUGAAAUAAGAUUAAUCAGCAGCCUUUAUGCUGCUCUAAACAUAUAGUGGCAUAAUGCCUUAGACAAAAAAAAUCUGUUUAUCCUCAAAACAUCUGUCUACCUCCCAGUUUCUUUUGUGUCUCAAAGUCGUGAGUCUUUUAAAAGCUUCAAUUCACUUUUUAUAUAUUAUUAGAUGUCAAAACUUUUAUGAACCCAAUAAUUUGAAAAUGAUAUUUUGUUACGAUUAUUUUGAUUAGUGAAAAAGCACCUACUAGUAGCCACAGCCUAAAAUUAAGCUUGAAAUCUAAAAAUAAUUGUAUACAAGAAAAAACUUGCUUUUUAAUCUAUAUGUAUUCGUAGUACCUGCGUAUUUGUGAGUUGUCGGCACACAUUUUAAUCCUGAUCUAAUCUUCAAGAUUUACAGUCAUCUUCAUGAAGACUUGCAUAAAAUUUAGAGGACUUCUUUUCAGAGAGAGAUCCAACUACUUCCAAAGGCUUCAUGAUGAUUUAAGAGUUUAACAUGAAGAAAAAAAAUAAGAAUUUGUUUUUGAGUAUUUCUUAAAUUAUAAUUUUAGGUGGACUUUUACAAAAUUACCUGACCUAUUACAACUUUAGACUUUGGGCUUUGCUGUUUUUUAAGGCCAAAAAGAAAAACCUCCGUUUACAAGACGGUAUGUGCCCGAUGGCCCUUGUCCCAGAAUGAACUAGAUUCCGAUAUUUCCAUUCCUAUUAAGAGCCCAUUAGUGUAAAAAAAAAAAAAAAAAAAAAGGAGAAAAAUUAUGUGAAACGCUCCUGGAUGCAACAAAUAAGAAUGAUCCGACACCGCGUCAGAUCUAGCAAAUGGCCAUAUUUCACGGGUUUGUACGUGAACCCUGUGAAGUCUGAUCUUCGCCAUAGCACCGAGUUCAUUCCAAUCAAGCACCAAGAUAAGUGCACUUGACUGCCUUAAGCAAAAGAAACAUUGGGUUCUAAUCUCACCCCACUUUGUUUUCCAUUUAAACUAAAAAUUGAAUUCUAUUAUCAUCUUUUAUUUUCUAUUAUUUAUUUAAAAAGAAAUAAUCACAUAGAUUAUAUUUAAAUCAGAGCUUGUACUUCUUACUUUUGUAUUUUGGCACAAACCAAGUGAUCAAAUUUAUUAUUCUUCACUUAGCUGAGUCCAACUGAUUCCUGCAUUUGUUGGGUUUGAUGGGGUUUUUUUAAUGGAAAGUGACCCUGAAGGGACAGACAGACACAUGUUGAGGACGUAUAAGGAAAUACAAACAGAUAGAACAAUCACUGUGUUAUUUUAAUAAAUGUCAAAGACUUCUGCGGUCUUGUUUACAUUCCUCACCCUUCUAAACUUCAACGGAACAUCACAUUGUUUUCCAAAACAAUUGUCUGUUGCUACGUUUUCAUGCAUUCUAAAAGCAAAUUCUGCACGUAAACUUAGCGAGUUCCAUUACCGAUCUUUGAAAAUACAGAUUUCAACGUAGAAUUGAGUACACUGAGAAAGAGAGAGAGAGCCUGUGCCACGUGUUUUUGCUCAGAGUGACUAAGGAAUUAAACCUCCCAAAUAUCUGACAAAAUAGGUUGAAGGAAUGCCUCUAAAGUAAGAACACCACAUUUCAGUCAUUUCUGUAAUGUACUUUUCAGUAAUGUCUUACACUUUUUUUUUAGUGAAUGGCUGAAAUUGGCAAUUUUCAUGUAAGAGUCAGAAAAGUGAGGAAUAACAAACAACAUGCAAAAAGAAAAUCAUCACCGCAAAGUAGAGAGACAGAGAUGCAGGCUUUUCUUUCCUAACCAACCUGUGCCUUUACACUAGAACCAUUAUACAAGACAGGAUCAAUGUGGUUAAAAACAAAACAAGCAACAACUGAGAAACGUUGAGUAAUGUGUAUAAACUGUAUUGAGUAGGGUUUUUUCUGUUUCGUGUACUGUUUACGACUGUUCACUUAAUGUUUCACUAGAAAAAAGUGAUUUGUUAGUGUAAAGUAGAAAAGUUUUUUGCAAAGAUCUAAACACUCACUGAAAGUAAAAUUAUUUGAUAUUUUUAUUAACAGCCAUAACAUGCCUCAUAAACACAAAUGACCUAUUCCUCUCCUUACUUAUUAACGUAACUUUCACACGUGCAGAACUGGAACCAUCCGUCACUCAACUGAGAUCAGUAGGACUACAACAUUUGUGUGACGUCGAUGGCACGCGCAGGUGUGGCAGGUCUGCUCCUGCGGUUCGAGCUUCCUUUGUAGUUUUAAUUUACCGUUACAACGGAGUCUCACAAUUUACAACACCGCUGUACCAAAUCCUUUACUUCUUACAACUCAGCUUCUUCUGUUGUGAACAUCGCCAAGCUCUAUGUCCGAGAAUAUUCUGCACCUUUUAUGAGUUAAGCUAAUGCUUCUAUUUGGAACUUUCUUUAAUAUUUUAUAAUAUAUAAAGGAAAUCAAAUAUAUGAAUAUGACCUCUACAACUGGAUAAAUGAAACUCUCCUUGAAACAACCACGCUCAGAACCCGCUUAGGACAGAAGGUAGAGAUGAUAACACAACAGCUAGGAAAGCAUACACUUUAGAUCCUCGGCUGGAAUAUGAAGGGGGGUGUUGCUAACAAUACAUGUGCUAACACUGACAGAUCACUUUUUUUAAAUAAAGGCUGUCUGCGCGUUAAAUUGUGUAAAAGCGUUUUCCUGUUGCAAGUCAAACGAUGUACUGGACCAGGUUCAAGUUUUAUUCUAAAUAUAUAAUUUUUUAAGUGUAACUAAAAGCUGUAUUUUCCAUUAAUGUGUUUCUGCGUUGACUAGCUGGCUCCUUUUUAGAAUAUUAACUGUUUUCUGUAUUUGACUUGUUGGAUACAAUAUUUCAAUUAUUUUAAAUGUGAAAUUUCCAAUUGCCAACACUGUAUAAUAAAACUUAAAAAAAAAAAACCCAACCCCAAACCCCA